GAAUCGUCGAAUUAUCCGAACCCUUCUUCUUCUUGCAGAGCAUCAUAAGCUCGUCAUAAGCAUUUCUUGAGCCUUUGUCCUUUUCAAAGUUUCGAUCUCUCUCUCUCUCUCUCUCUCUUGGGGUUCUAAACUUCGUCGUCUCUUUCGUGAUCUUGUUUCGACACAGAUGGGGGAGGUCGAGAUUCCUUCCUUCUUCGUGUGCCCGAUUUCUCUCCAGCUCAUGAAGGACCCCGUCACGGUGCUGACCGGGAUAACGUACGAUCGGGAGAGCAUCGAGAGGUGGCUGUUCUCCGCCAAGAACGGCACGUGCCCCGUGACCAAGCAGGCGAUUUCGGGCCGCGACUUGACACCCAACCACACGCUCCGGCGGCUCAUCCAGUCGUGGUGCACCCUCAAUGCCGCGCACGGCAUCGAGAGGAUUCCUACCCCGAGACCUCCUAUAAGCAAGUCCCAGAUUGCUAAGCUCCUCCGCGAGGCCAGGUCCCCGGACACGUGGAACGAGUGUCUCAAAAGACUGCGGUUGAUCGCCACCGAGAAUGCCACUAACCGAUGCUGCAUGGAAGCCGCUGGUGCCGCUGACUUCUUGGCGGCAAUACUGAAAAAUGAAACCUUAGCAAGAUCUACAUUACUAGAUGAAACAUCGUCCAACUAUCGCAGUUUCGAGGUCACAACCAGACCGCUUGAUGAGGCUCUGGCUGUACUUUUUCAUCUACAACUCUCCGAAGCCAGCCUCAAGAAUCUCGUAGGCGACGGAGCAUUUGUCGAGUCGUUGACUCGAAUCAUGCAGAGCGGAACCUGUGAGUCCAGGGCAUAUGCAGUCAUGUUGCUAAAGUCAAUGUUUGAAGUUGCUGAUGCUAUUCAACUCUCAAGUUUGAAGAUGGAAUUGUUCGUCGAAGUAGUUCGAGUUUUGCGUGAUCAAGUCUCGCAGAAGGCAACGAAAUCUGCAUUGAAACUGCUUAUCCGAGCCUGCCCGAGGGGUCGGAACCGAGCCAAAGCCGUGGAAGCCAGCCUCGUACCGGUCUUGAUCGAUCUUCUUCUCGAUUCACGCGAGAAAAGGCGGAGCGAAAUGAUCCUCGUGCUUUUGGACGUGCUGUGCCAAUCCGCAGAGGGAAGAGCCGAGUUGUUGAGGCACGGAGCGGGGAUCGCCAUCGUGUCGAAGAGGAUACUAAGGGUUUCGGAGACAGCGAGCGAGAGAGGCGUCCGGAUUCUCUUGUCCAUCUCAAAGUUCUCGGCGACGCCGAGCGUCGCACAAGAGAUGUUGCAAGUAGGCGUUGCGGCGAAGAUGUGUCUAGUCCUCCAAGUUGAGGGCACGAGCAAGACCAAGGAAAAGGCCAGAGAGAUUCUCAAAUUGCAUGCCCGGGCAUGGAAGAACUCCCCUUGUAUGAGAAGAGGAUCAGCUUUUCCUUUGUAAAACAUAAUUUAGUGAGUUCUUUAGAUAGGUCAAUCAAUUGUACAUAAUGUUUAUUUUACUGAAGAAGAAUAUGAUAUAUAUGAAAUCGACAUGGAUAUGCUUCUGGAUAAAUUGGGUG